AUGGACGGUUUGUUUUUUAAACGGGCCGUUUCGAAAUUCGAAACUGAGUCUACUAUUAGCCAGUGUAUUCAUGUAAGUGGGCCUACGUGAGAAACAUUGAAAAACUAUAAGAAACGGUUCGAGGAGGACACAUUUUGUUGUUUGGUAUUCCGAAAAAAAUCGGAAAUUGUUUUUUGGAACGCCGAAAAAAUCCGUCGUUAUGAUUAAAAUAUCCGUGUGAAGACUUCGUCGAACUGACUUAGUUUAUAAAAAUCUCAAUUCAUUUUCCGUUGAGAUUUUCUAAAGUUUGUGACGGGUUUAUGAGUGACCACUUUUUGCAUUUUACUCCCUUAUUUGCGAGGUAGACCGCGAUUUGCAUUGAUAACUUGGGCUGUCUCCUUUCCCAUCCAGAAACGACGUUACAGAAGGGACGCAUCCUCUCCCUUUCUCACUACAGGGUAAGCGGCUGACGCAACGGAAGGGGGAGAUAGUUUAGAGAACGCUGGAUCAAGUAAGACAUAUUAGUUUUAUUAUUCAUCUUUAGAUCAAUGUCUGCAAGGUAAUUUCUCCCCGGAUUGACUUAUUUCAGGAGCUCGAUUUUGGUGUUCCUUUGUUCUUUUUACUGUUUGCUCUCUGCGAGAUUAUUUAGUGUUUUCUGGUUUUGGGUAAUAUUUUAGUAGGUUUCAGUAAAGUUGGAUGGAUAUUAUUAAUGAUAGGACAGAAACAUGGUUUAUAGUGGGGAUUACAUGCGUUUCUUCAGCGUCAAUUUGUCUAACUAUUGUUUUCUGCUGACCUCAAUUUGUUUAUUUACCAUUUUUCCGCAGUUAAAACCAAUGCAUAUGAUCUCAGCACAUGACUUUCUCGCUACUGUCGCUUCUCAAUUUUAUUCUCCAACAAAUCCCGUCGACUCACUUUAUUAUGCCACCCGAUUCCUCACCUAUCUACUAUAAUAUUAUUCCCUUCUCGUUUCUUCUUUUUUCUCCCUUCUCUUCUAACUUUGGGGUCGAGCAUUUAUUUUUAAACCGUCUCGAGCUCAUUGCGCAACAAUCUAUUUACCCAAGCUCAAAUAACUGAUAACUGUGGGUUGGUGGUCAUUUGUGUUCGCGGGAAAAAUCGAUCGGAGGAGAGUGGAACACUCUUCAGGGCUGCUGGCGGUCUCGAAAUCCAUCGCUCUCGACUUUUGCGGUGUCUGACCUUGACUCGAGCUAAAGGAGGCUUUCAAUGUAAACAUUUCUCUAAUUUGGCCUGAAUGAAUCACAAAAAACGAACUUCGGAGCUCAUUUUUUGUUUCCGCUGCGUAUUACAAGUUUGUUACAUGGGGAGCCGCGGGGUUUGUUAUCAUCUUGCUAUUAGCGACCCGGAAGCAUCUGGAAUUUCAUUUUUGUUGCGCGAUUAUUACUAUUAUAUUUUGUAAUAAGAAAUUUGUUUUCUUUGAUCUCCUUUUGUAUAAGAUAAGUUUGCCUUUCCCGCAACCCAGGCUCAUCUUGCCCACAAAGGAGUUCUGUUUGCCCAGGAAUAGAAACGAAUGUGCGAAGUGAUUUCCUUCCGGAAAUCCCAUUAUAUUUUAUGGGGAUAGAUCUGUCGUCGUCGUAUGUUAUCCGUCCACACUGACUGCCUGCUACUCUCGGCGCUCCUUUCGUCUUCUUCCCCGUCUCCCCCCACCAAUCUUCCCCCCGAAUCUCUCGGGUUUAUCUACUCGCGGAAUUUGUUGACUGAUCAAUUGCAAAAGACGAAAGGAAUUUUUGAUUUGCAGAGAGAAUGCGGGAUUGGAUGAGAUAAUGACAAUCUCCAAGUAUUGGGGCGACGAGAAGAAGCCCGACGCCAUCUACUCGGUCUACCUGAAGAAGGUCCGGUAUGUCCCCCCGCCCGGCUACGACAAUGUGGCCCAUUAUCGACCCAUCGAUCCGGAUGACCACUUCUUGACCGACUCCGGAAACGACCUUCUUCAAUGGGAGACCAUCAGAGAACGAGUGAUUAAGGCUGGGACACUCGAAAAGCUAGUGGUAAGUCUUCGGUAACUUUUUUCCUUUUAGUUCUGGUAUCUAAAUGGAGUAUAAUUUAGGAAUGUCUAAUAGGAUCUGACGACAGACUCGAUUCCCGCCAUUUCAAUGUAUUCUUCGCCACCUAUCGUUCUUUCGCUAAACCAUCAGAAGUUGCAAACAUUCUAUUCAAUAGAUGUCAGGCAAUCAGAGAAUGUGAUGGGCACAGUAUUUUGAGGUCAAUAUUUGUAUGCUGGAUGGACAUGUAUGCAGAGGACUUUUACGAAAACGAGAAUAAAUUCAAUUUACUUAACAAAGUCAUCGACUUCAGCAAACUUCACAAAUGGGCCGAUUUGAAGGUGAAGGCGAGGAAACUGAGGGAACGAUUCAGGCGGGUAGCUGAUGAAGGAGGACUUUCCUGUAAGUAAUCUUCAGUGAUUUAUUGUUAUUUAGGCCUAUUGAAAGAUGAGUAAUGUUAUUAAUUACAGCUCAAAUCAUGGGGAUCGAGCAGUAUACAUACGCACUCGACUAUGAUCCUAAUGAUCCCAACUUUGCUCAAGAACAUGCUCAGAUGUUUGACAUAAGCAAAGAUAAUUGUGUUCAGAUCGCGGAACAAUUAACUUUCUGGGAUGCCAUAUUAUUCAGGGAGGUCCGCCCGUUUCAAUGUCAAGGUGCUAUCUGGGGAAAAAGGAACAAAGAGCAUGCUGAUAAUGUGUACAGUGUUAAGGCUACUAUUGAUCAAGUAAGAAUCUUUUGGGAAUUGAAAUGAAGAAGUUUUUGAGUAUGAGUUUAUUCUGUAUGUUCAGUAAUUAAUUCUUUUCAGUUCAAUUCGGUUUCAAAAAGGGUCAUGACAAGUAUCGUAUUGCCUGAAUGUCGACCCGAAUUCCGCGCAAAAAUCAUCGAAAAGUGGAUCGAAGUGGCUAAAGAAUUGAAGUCCUUCAAGAACUACUCGUCCCUUAAAGCGAUUCUCUCCAGUUUGCAAUCAGAACCCGUUUAUCGAAUAAAAUCGGCAUGGGGAUGUGUCUCAAAGUCCUCGAAUCUGACUUUUAGAGAUCUCACAUCCACCUUCGAACGGGAGAAUCAAGAGGAAACAGCAGAUUCCGGAUUAGAAAGUGUAGGUUUAGUUCAAAAAUAUUAUUGUUGAUAUUUAGCAAGGCAGUGGGCGUCGAGAAAAGAAGAUCCAGCAAUGUCGCCGCAGCAAAAGUGAUGUUAAUCUCGCUGAUUCCCAAGGACUUGUGCCUUAUCUCGGAAAUUUCCUGACUGAUUUGACCAUGAUCGAUCAAGCAUAUCCGGAUACAGUUGAAGGUUGGUGUUUCAUCUAUGCGUUUUAUUUUUCAAUCUUUAGGGAAUCUCAUCAACUUUGAGAAAAGACGUCGUGAAUUUGAAGUCAUGGCGAAGAUAAGAUUGUUCCAAUCGGCCGCUCGAGGUUAUACUGUCCCCAUGGAUGCUGCCUUCUGUGCCUGGUUUUAUUAUCUACCAAGUCUGAAUGAGAACGACUGUUUUUAUCGAAGUUUGGAAGUGGAACCAGGGUCUAACGGAUCUGGCACACCUGACCUUAGACGAAAGAAUCAGCCGCUCAGGAGUUCGGGAGGCUCUAAACCUUCUUCCUUUACUAAAAUAUUUGGUCAAUUCACCGAGGAGUUCUCCAGCCGAUCGUCCUUCCAACAGACUUCUAACGACUCUGGAGUCCUAAGUGAGGAAUCGUGGAUCAGUCGAGAAGUUGAUCAGUCCCGGAUAUCAGGAUCAGAGUUCAGUCCGUUCCUUCAGUCAACACCCAAGAGAGAUGAUUCCAAUAUAAAUGAGGAUUCAUCAUUUUCAUGUUGCUCAACGCCUUUGCCGCAGACUUCUGGAGGUCUAAAUCGAAAGAUGAUAGGACAGAAUUCAAGUUCCAGCCAUGUAAAUACACUUUUUUUGUUGUUACUGAGGUUUAUUUUGUAAAUACAAAGGUUUUUUAUUUCAGGCGUCUUCUGCUUCCUCCGGCUCUGUGUUCUCAGCGUCGGCCAAUCAAACUCUACCCCCGAAACCGCAAAGAAAUGGACACGGAACGAAUCUAAACUUUUAUUUGGCCCGAGUUGGGCUCGACGAAUCGAUCCGAGGAGAAACCGCCCAAGGAGCGAAUUACAAGUGCAUCAAGGUGGAGAACGGAGAUAGAUUGAGUACUCUCGUCGAGAGAGCUCUUGAGAAACACAUAAUGGAACACGAGAAUAAGGAUGAAUAUUGUCUCGUGCAACUCCUACCUGAUGGAAGUAAGUGAAUUAAAGGGUCCCUUCCUUUCUUACGUCAUUUAUAAUAUCAUUUUUGUUUUUCUUCAGGUGAAUUUCGUCUUCCCGACCACUGCAAUCCCUUCUACGCCGUAGCACCCGACCCCACCUCCCCUAUGCUUAACUUUCUACUUAAAAAACGCGACCUUGAUGACCAAAAAACCAUUGCCCCGUCGGCCAAGAAACUUAAUCGUCAGAAACGCAGCAAUCUUCUCAGAUGGAGCAGUGGUUAUCUAUAG